AUGACUGAUCUUAACUCCACCAACAACACCUCCUUGUUCAAAAUACCAACCAUCAAGUAUAACAAACUCUUCAUCAAUGGACAUUUUGUUGAUUCUGCAUCAGGAACAACAUUUGAGACAAUAGACCCAAGAACAGGAGAGGUGAUUGCAAGAAUCAGUGAAGGAGCUAAAGAAGACAUUGACAUUGCAGUUAAAGCAGCACGCGAGGCAUUUGACUCAGGUCCAUGGCCGCGAAUGUCUGGUGUUGAAAGGGCAAAAAUAAUGAUGAAAUUUGCAGAACUAAUUGAUGAAAACACAGAAGAACUAGCAGCAUUAGAUGCAAUUGAUGCAGGAAAGUUGUACUUUAUUGCAAAGGUUAUAGAAAUACCUUCGUCGGCAAAUACACUACGUUACUAUGCAGGUGCUGCUGAUAAAAUCCAUGGUGAGGUAUUAAAAUCUUCUGGCGAAUUCCAUGCUUACACAUUAAUGGAACCAAUUGGAGUUGUGGGACAUAUCAUUCCAUGGAAUGCUCCCAGUUCAAUUUUCUUCACCAAAGUGAGUCCUGCUUUAGCUGCUGGAUGCACCAUGGUCCUCAAACCUGCUGAACAAACACCUCUCUCAGCUUUGUUUUAUGCUCAUCUAGCUAAGCUAGCUGGAAUUCCAAAUGGAGUGUUGAAUGUAGUACCUGGAUUUGGUCCAACUGCUGGUGCUGCAAUUAGCUCACACAUGGACAUAGAUGUGGUUAGCUUUACUGGUUCGGUUGAAGUAGGCCGCGAAAUAAUGCAAGCUGCAGCUAAGAGUAAUUUAAAACAUGUUUCACUAGAACUAGGAGGCAAGUCACCUCUCAUUAUUUUCGAUGAUGCUGAUGUCGACAAAGCUGCUGAGCUUGCUCUUUUCGGUCUCCUAACUAACAAGGGAGAAGUUUGUGUCGCAAGUUCCCGCGUGUUUGUUCAGGAAGGGAUAUAUGAUCAAGUUGAGAAGAAGUUGGUGGAGAAAGCAAAAGCUUGGAUCGUUGGUGAUCCUUUUGAUCCUAAAACUCAACAAGGACCUCAGGCUGAUAGGAACCAAUUUGAAAAAAUUAUUUCCUAUAUUGAGCAUGGAAAGAGAGAAGGAGCAACACUCUUGACUGGAGGUAAAGCAGUGGGAAGCCAAGGCUAUUACAUUGAACCUACAAUUUUCUCCAAUGUAAAGGAGGACAUGCUAAUAGCAAAGGAUGAAAUAUUUGGCCCUGUGAUGGCACUAAUGAAGUUUAAGACUGUCGAGGAAGCUAUUAAGAGUGCUAACAAUACCAGAUAUGGCCUAGCAGCAGGCAUUGUGACCAAGAACUUGGACAUUGCAAACACUGUGUCAAGGUCCAUUCGUGCAGGUGUUAUUUGGAUCAACUGUUAUUUAGCCUUGGGAAGUGAUGUUCCUUUUGGAGGAUAUAAAAUGAGUGGAUUUGGAAGAGAUUUGGGAUUAGAAGCUCUUCACAAGUACUUACAAGUUAAAUCUGUUGUAACACCUAUUUACAACUCCCCUUGGCUUUGA